UAGUUAUGAAGGAGGUGGUAACUGAUGGUCAUAUUGAAAUUGCUGCAUUGAUGAAAAGGGAAGAGAAAUAUAAGGAGGUCACACAUCAGAAUGAUGUGUGGCAUGGAGCAAAGAACAUUGCAAAGAAAAUCACUACUGCUGCUAAAUCUAAAGACAAUGCAGAUUUGACCUUGUGGGCACCAUCAAUAAGGAACCAUUUUUGGUAUUGUUCAAAAACAUGUGCUAAUGACUCAAAAAAUCUCAAAGUAAGAUUCACAUUGAAGUACUACUGGUUUUUGCAGCAAUACUUAUCUAGUUCGUGCAAACUGUACAUACAUGUGUUAAUAUGUAGUCACCUUAUGUUGUAUUUGGAUUUUACACCAUGUUGUUGAUGAGCAUGAGUGGGUGUUGGAGGAAGGUGUAAAUGGUGGAAAAUGUGAACAUGAUCCUCUUAAUGAAAGUGAGAGAAAGAAGCCAUGGCUUAAGAAAGAGUCUUCUGCCCAUAAAGCACUGGCAAAGAUCAUUCUGGACACUCGCUUUUUAAACACUUUGGUGUAUUAUGUUAACUUCAGGUAACAAAUGAGAUUGGAUAUUUGAAAAUUUCAGAUAAGUUAUAUUACGGUCAUCUAUAAUCAUGCUAUUAUUCUGGGAAUUAUUUUUGCUGUCACAUGCACUUAGAAAGUCAAUUACUCUAAUUAGAACAAUGUACUUUAUGUUAAAUUGUGGCAUGCAUAACUGGAAUAUUUCACAGCUAAUUUUGGAUCUCAUACCUGUUAAAAUACAUCAACCACCUAUCAUUCAUGCUAUUAUUUUCGCUAUUUUCAUUCGCACAUGCACUUACAGAAAUCAAUCUUGUGGCGCAUUACUGUAAUAUUUUGUUGCAAUUUUUUUAUGCCAAUGCCUUAUGUGCCAACAAACAAAUACAAUCAUAUGCGUACCUGGUUCUUGUUCACAGUUACCUGUACAAAUUCCAUUCUUCAAGUUAAGUUCAUGCUUCAUCAUUUUUAGCCGCACCAUUGGAUACUUCAGUAAUAUCAUGCAUUAAUUUCACCAAUUGCAUUACACAUUAAGUGAUAAAACAGGAACAUGCAUUUUCAAAGAAUCAAACAUGCUGUAUACAUUAAUUUAAUUGUUCUGCAUGCAAUCCGGAAUUUUUAUUUAUCAUCAAUAUCAAAAU